CCCGGCAAUGUUUCAGCGGGCCAUGAAUAUGGCCUUCGCUGAGUUCGUUAACAAAACCCGACUAACCCAGCCCCUGAUCAAUUUCUGCGUGAUUGUGUAUAUGGAUGAUAUUUUGGUCUUUUCAAAAACACAUGAGUACCACGUGGAACACAUCGAGUGGGUUUUGCAUGCACUGAAAGAUGCCGGGUUCAAAGUGGCCUUGGAGAAAAGCGAGUUCUUCUUGUCGGAGAUCUCAUUCUUGGGGUAUACCGUCACGGUCAAUAGACUAAAACCGGAUCCGAGAAAGGUGGCAGCUGUUCAAGAUGCCCCGGCGCCGGUCACACUCACCCAGGUUCGGGCUUUUCUAGGGCUGGCAUCCUAUUACCGAGGCUUCAUCAAGGGGUUCGUCGGUAUAGCGAAGCCCCUCACGAACCUGGUGAAGAAAGAGGAACARCUGAUCUGGACGYCGGAAUGUGAAGCGGCRUUUCAGGCAUUGAAGGAGGCUCUGACAUCUGCUCCUGUGUUGGCGUGUCCCUACCCGACAAGACCGUUCGCACUGUACACAGACUGGCAGCCUCAGGCGAUAUCGGCGGUGCUGACUCGGCACGGGAAGGACGAAAGGGAGCACGUCAUUGAGUAUGCGUCCAAGACGCUAAGCCAGGCGCAGGCUAAUUACGAAGCAUGCAAAGGUGAAUGUCAGGCGGUGGUGUGGGGGAUUCAGCACUUCCGACCGUAUCUGUACGGCCAGAAAUUCGUGCUGGUAACGGAUCAUCAGCCGCUGCUAUCCCUACGCAACAGCACGGACUACACGGGGAUGCUGGGCAGGUGGGCGGUGCAUCUGCAAGACUACGACUUUGACAUCCGCCAUCGCGCCAAGCGGCAACAUGGUAACGCCGAUGGAUUAACACGCCUUCUGCCACCCAACAAGUGUCCCGCCAACGAGCGACUCAUUCCGUGGAAGCCUGAAGUCGCGGCGACGAAACCACACUACGGGGAGCUACACGUGCUGCGCGACUCGCUGUCAGAACUUAACAAAGCCGAACGGCGGAGAGUCACGGAGCGGGCGCAAGACUAUCGCCGGCAGGGCCCGAUGUUACAAAAACUGAAGGUCGAUGACGACGGAGAGUCUAGCUGGUUGACGGUUCCACAUCCUCUUGCUAGGUUCGAUUGGACGGGAGCCGCUCAUGAGGAGGAUGCGUUCCGUUUCGCGGUCAAGUACACGGAAAAAGCCAUCGAAAAUAACGGAUGGUACUGGUCGGGAAUUCGGGAAGAUGUGAAAUACAUCGUUCAAAAUUGCCCGGCCUGCACGGCGGACAAGGCAACCGUACAGAUGCCUCGGACGAUGGUGCCAACUCAUGUAGAGCGCCCCUUUCAGAGGGUUAGCAUCGAUACGACGGACGUCAACGUUCCGAGAGGGAUGAACCAUCGCCAGCCGGAGCAUGGGCCCCUCGAGCACUUCCAAACGCCGCUUGCAGAUCGCUUGUUGCGGCAUCGGUUUAAUGAGGAGAGGCAGUUGCGGUACGACGUCGAACAGGUGAACGUGCCAGCACCCGGGGUUGCUGACUUGGCGGCAUACUCGUUGCUUUGCGAUCGGCUGACGUACGCGGGGGUGUACGUGGACGUGACGCAGUUGCUCGGCCGAGAGACGACCCGGGUAUUCAUUGAGUUCCGUGCGCUCCAGAUGGCACCCAAUUUCGUGCACAACGUCGCCACCUUCAUUGGAGACUUGACGAUCCUCCCGCAGGAGAAUCAGGAGCCGGCGCGCAGCUUUGUGCGCGAGCACGCGGUAGAAGCGGCCAGAUCAGUGGCCAGAGUGCAAGGACGGAGCGGGCACCGAUUCACAGCCCACGAAGUGCUGCUGCGUAGGGCCGAGGACGGGCCGAUUGCGCUGGUGCCGCAGCUCCCCCUCACGGCGGGCCCUUACCCCAUGCGCGAGUUCUCGGAGUACCUGGUGGAGCUAACUGACGUGGAGCCGCUGCCCUUCGCUGACGAGGACGCGUGGGAGUUGCACCGUGCGCUGUACAAAUCGGUGGCGCUGGGGAUGUUCCGGUUCUUCGUGGAUCUUGAAGACCACGCUACCGGUGAGCACUUCGUCGUUUACUACGUCAUCACGCGGCCCAAGUCAGCGGAGAAGGAAGGGACGGUAGCGCUGUACCCAUUCGCCAAGCUCCAGACGAUCGAUCCGGGAUUUUUGGAGCUCAUACAUCUUGUGCUCCUCUCCAUCGCGCAAGUGAUCGCGAGCGAGGAGGAGGAGAUCCAACCGCGAUUGCGGACGGCGACGGCCCUGCGGAGAACGUACAACGAGGUCGUCAUCCCGGACUACAUUGCGCAGCGCGUGGAGAGAUUGGAGGACUUCCUGGAUAAAAGGCCGUUGCGUCCUCGCUCAUCGUACUUUUGGCCAGCGCCACCAAAGGCCCCCAAGAAGACGCCGAAGAGGAAGAGACGCCACCCGUCGCCAGAAGCGCAAGGCAGCAGGAUCGGCGGCGGCGAGGAGGUGAUUCAGCCCGCGCGAGCGGCGACGCUCGUUAAGGAGACUAUCGUGCCAUCACCGCCCAUUCCGCGUGUGCCCGACCUCAAUCUUGAUGGAGCCAGGCCAUCAUCAACAGCAGCAGCCGGAGGAGGAAGCCGAAUGGGAUAUCCGGAUCCCGUAUCCAGACGCCCCGUCCUCGCGGGACCUCUCCUGGCCUUGGAGAAAAGCGAGUUCUUCUUGUCGGAGAUCUCAUUCUUGGGGUAUACCGUCACGGUCGACAGACUAAAACCGGAUCCGAGGAAGGUGGCAGCUGUUCAAGAUGCCCCGGCGCCGGUCACACUCACCCAGGUUUGGGCUUUUCUAGGGCUGGCAUCCUAUUACCGAGGCUUCAUCAAGGGGUUCGUCGGUAUAGCGAAGCCCCUCACGAACCUGGUGAAGAAAGAGGAACARCUGAUCUGGACGYCGGAAUGUGAAGCGGCRUUUCAGGCAUUGAAGGAGGCUCUGACAUCUGCUCCUGUGUUGGCGUGUCCCUACCCGACAAGACCGUUCGCACUGUACACAGACUGGCAGCCUCAGGCGAUAUCGGCGGUGCUGACUYGRCACGGGAAGGACGAWAGGGAGCACGUCAUUGAGUAUGCGUCCAAGACGCUAAGCCAGGCGCAGGCUAAUUACGAAGCAUGCAAAGGUGAAUGUCAGGCGGUGGUGUGGGGGAUUCAGCACUUCCGACCGUAUCUGUACGGCCAGAAAUUCGUGCUGCUAACUGACGUGGAGCCGCUGCCCUUCGCCGACGAGGACGCGUGGGAGUUGCACCGUGCGCUGUACAAGUCGGUGGCGCUGGGGAUGUUCCGGUUCUUCAUGGAUCACGAAGACCACGCUACCGGUGAGCACUUCGUCGUUUACUACGUCAUCACGCGACCCAAGUCAGCGGAGAAGGAAGGGACGGUAGCGCUGUACCCAUUCGCCAAGCUUCAGACGAUCGAUCCGGGAUUUUUGGAGCUCAUACAUCUUGUGCUCCUCUCCAUCGCUCAAGUGAUCGCGAGCGAGGAGGAGGAGAUCCAACCGCGAUUGCGGACGGCGACGCCCCCGCGGAGAACGUACAACGCGGUCGCCACCCCGGACUACAUUGCGCAGCGCGUGGAGAGAUUGGAGGACUUCCCGGAGGAAAGGCCGUUGCGUCCUCGCUCAUCGUACUCUCGGCCAGCGCCACCAAAGGCCCCCAAGAAGACGCCGAAGAGGAAGAGACGCCACCCGUCGCCACAAGCGCAAGGCAGCAGGAUCGGUGACGGCGAGGAGGUGAUUCAGCCCGCGCGCGCGGCGACGCUCGUUAAGGAGACUAUCGUGCCAUCGCCGCCCAUUCCGCGUGUGCCCGACCUCAAUCUUGAUGGAGCCGGGCCAUCAUCAACAGGAAGCCGAAUGGGAUAUCCGGAUCCCGUAUCCAGACCCCCCAUCCUCGCGGGACCUCUCCGUUCCCGCCAACCACCCCGGGAUGCCCCGGUCAUUGACCUUAGUAGUUCAUCCAAGCCGGACGUUCCAUCCGACCGAGGUAGACUUCAUGGUGGAGCCCGCCACCAUUAGGCUCGAGGCCAUCGCGGGGGCGCCACGCCCUGAUCCGGCGUGGGAGCCAUAUCUAACACCCCCUUUUCAAGGGUGUACUGCGGCACGAUUGGCCAGGACGCU